GGUCGCGGAGACGCUGUCCAUCAGGCCGCCGGUAUCUCGGUGAAUAAGAAACCGAUCCCGGGAGAUCAGAGCAGCGGGGUUUAGACCAUGACCAUUUACCGGAAAGGGGAUGGGAGACCAAGGAAUAAACGGGGCGACGGCCUCAACUGAACGCGGAAUUUACCCUUUGACCCUGAGCCGGAGACGUUGCCACUCCCCAUUGGUUGGGCCCGCUGCCAAUUAGAUGGUGACCUGCGUCCGAUUGGUCCCGCGCAGCCAAUGGGCGGGUUCAGAUGAGGGUCAAAGGACAAAAGGAAAUAGAAAGGAAUCGGAGAGAGCGCGGGACGUGCUGAAGAUGUUCAAGAUCAGGAGAGGGAUCACUGUUUAAUUAAAACUGGAAGCCGUACAUAAUACUAUCAGAUCUGUGUCUGCUCUGAAGCAUCCAACUUUUGACAAUGUCUUGGAUCCAGGAGGCAGAGCUGAAUCCUGUAGAAAGGCUUUGUGCAUCCAUUUUGAAGGUUGGUCCAAUGCCUGAGCAUGUGGCGUUCAUCAUGGAUGGGAAUCGACGCUAUGCACAGAAAUGUCGAGUGGAGAGAGAGCAGGGUCAUUCUCAAGGCUUUGAGAAACUGGCAGAGACCCUUCGCUGGUGUUUGAACCUGAAUAUCCGAGAAGUGACUGUUUAUGCCUUCAGUAUUGAGAAUUUCAAGCGCUCCAAAGAGGAAGUGGAUGGACUGAUGGAACUUGCACGCCAGAAAUUCACGAGACUCCUCGAGGAACAAGAGAAUUUAAAGAAACAUGGUGUUUGCAUCAGAGUCUUGGGAAACUUGACUCUGCUACCUGUUGAUAUCCAAGAGUUGAUUGCCCAGGCAGUGCUGGCAACACAGAGUUACAACAAGUGUUUUCUGAAUGUUUGCUUCGCCUAUACCUCUCGGCAUGAGAUCACCAGUGCAGUUCGUGAGAUGGCUUUGGGAGUUGAAGAAGGGUUACUGAAACCCAGUGACCUUUCGGAGUCUCUGCUGGGCAAGUGCCUAUACUCUAGCAGCUCCCCAGACCCAGACCUACUGAUCCGCACAUCUGGAGAGGUGCGGCUCAGUGACUUCUUGCUCUGGCAGACCUCUCAUUCAUGCUUAGUGUUCCAGCCGGUACUGUGGCCAGAGUACUCUUUCUGGAAUCUCUGUCAAGCCAUCUUGCAGUAUCAAGUCAAUCAUGCUGCCCUUCAGAAGGCGAAAUUGUUGCACGAGGCAGCAUGUCAGCGUCAACAGGUGGAGGCCGAUCUUGCCUGUGUGCUGGAGCAGAUGAGCACACUGGGGGAAACAGAAGGCACAGAGUGCAAACAGGAACUGAUCUUAAAGUACAGCAGAGAACGAGAGGAGAGAGUCUCCAACUUCCUGCAAAGGCUAGAGAACAAGCGGAGAAAAUUCCUCACUGACCUGGUGCAGGGUUCUUCACCAUUUCUACAUGUUUAGGGGACAAGGGCUAUAAAGUUCAGACAGCAGGGUGAGAAUCCAUCACGUGAACAAGUGAUAACUCUGUUGAGGGUAUUUUGUCUAAUUGGAUAUCACUAAUUGAGACUGCUCCACUGCCUGUUAAAUUCAGCAAGUGAGUGCUGAAUUCAGGGUCUCUUUGUUUUCACAGUUCCGGUAUGCUAGGUUUCUCAUUCUGACAUGAGCUGCCUGUUACGUUCUGCUGUCUCAGGAUGUAUAUGCCAGGAAGGGAAAGUGAUGUGUUGGCAGCCUUGGGUGGCAUUACAGUCUGCUCAUGUUUCAUUGUUAUACCUUGCAUAAUUUUAUGAAAAUUGAUGUCCACUAAUAUUAGGAUUGAUUUUAUAUUUGUAUUGUGAAAUCUCUGGGCCAAAUGUGUAUCAUUUAGUGAUUGCGAUCUUCUCUGCUGAUGUGGUGCUAAAGAUAAAACACGGUAGCAUUCUGACCCUCUGUGAAGGAACUUUAACCUCCAAAUGUAUGUUUCUGACUGCGACCUACUGCUGGCACUUUGAGACUCUAUUCUGUCUGGGGCAGCAGCCUGAUUGCCACAAGCAGCACUCUGUGACACUAACCAGCAUUCCAUUGCCUUGCUUCUUGUCUGAGUCACUAUUCAUUGACCACAGAUUGCUGUGCAUGUAUCACAAGAUUGAGGUUAGCUCAUCCUGUCCCUGCCAUAGUUGAAUGAUCUGAGACAUCGUUUGGAUUCCGAAAUUUGGAACAGACAAGUGAAAAAAAAGAUGGUUAUUGAACUAUUACUAACAGCCGAAACUAUUGAGAGAAAAGGGUGCCAAGGAAGCAUAUGGAUUAACUCUUCAAUAAUAUGUGGAACUUGAGACUUUGAAUAUGGAAAUCGUUUGAAACAAGUCCCAGUGGAAGUGUACGGGCAAAGUAUUUCUGCAGACCCCUUCUCCUAGUUAUAUACAAGCCCUGUAUAUGAUUAUUUUUCAGGUGAAGAUUUUUUUCCUGUUCAUACAGACAAAGAAUCAGUUUAGGGAAAUGGAGCAUCAUUGAAUCCAGCUGCAAAGUUGCCUUUGCCUUCAGUGUCUCUGUCUAAUCACGGUUCUGAGCCUCAUCUGAUUAUUAAAAAACAGCACUUUGU